AUGAGAGUUUCUCCGUUUGUCACAUGUGUAUUGUUGGCGGCUGUGUUACCGGCGUACGCGGCGCCUGAGUUUUACACUGAGCAGCACCAUGUACGGAAACCGGACGGCUCGGAGAGAUUGAUCACGGUCAAGAAGAAGAGAGUGGCUACGACCACGAAGGCUCCGGCGGCGACCACGAGGGCCAAGCCUACGGCUAACGCACCCACCAAGGCGCCGGCAGCGGCCACAAAGGCCAACACCCCCACAAAGGCGGUUAGCACCACGGUGGCUGGCGCAAAAGCGAAAAAGGCAUCGCAGAAAACAGCGAAUACGCCGGCGAAGAAAGUCGGUAACCUUCAAGCCACUGCCAAGAAAAACGCGGCUGCCCAAACUCCAGUCAAAUCGGUCAGCGGCAGCGCCGGUACCCCCGUAAAAUCGGUCUCUGGCUCGGCAACGGCUAACACCCCCGCAACGAGCGUUGGGAAAGCAACACAGAAGAGCACCACUCCAGUCAGAACGGUACAGAAAGAAGAAGAGGACGAUGGUGAUGAUGGCUGGUACAAAUGGUGGAAGGGACUCCUGAUCGCUUUGGCUGCCUUGGCCGUCAUUGGAAUCAUCGCCGGACUCUGGGUUUACGGCCACAAGAAACGCCAUGCGACCGCUACCCGCGUGACAACCACCACCCGGCCCGCAACGGAGAUUGAAACCGGACUGAACGCCACGACCACCGUUGUUCAGCCAGCAGAGAUCCGAACCACCACCACUGAAGAGAUCAAACCGGUCGCCACGGAGGGAGCGCCGGCUGCGGAGGGAGCGGCCAUCCCCGCCGACGGAGCGGUCGCUCCCGCUGCUGCGGCUCCCGCUGCUGCGGCUCCCGCCGCCCCGGCCCCCGUCUCUGCCCAACCCUCGGCUCCCAAGAGCGGCGAGCUCGGCAAGAACGGUGACGUUGUCGUCACCGAAAAACUGAACCAAGGGGCUGGUGCAAAGCACCGCCGUUAA